AUGAUUGGAAGUGGAGCCAAAGAGCCCCAAACGCCAGUAAAAGCCUCGAAAACUGGGCCACUAAAAGUUAGGAUUUCACUUGCAAAGGUUCAUUUUGGGAAACAGAGUACUAGCUCGGAAACAACGUCCACAAGUUCUCCAAAAAAACCGCCAAAGAUCAGAGGCAAAGAUAUCAACAAUUUAAUGCCUAAAAAGAAAAAAUCAGUUGAGAACAGUAGAUCAAAGGGUAAGGCAAAACCAGGUGUUAGUGCUGUUAAAAAUGACAGGCCGCGGCAGUCAGGGGGAAAAGACAUCGAACAGAUCAAAUCUUUAAUGGCUGAAUUAUCUAACAAAACAACAAGCGAGGAUGAAGAACCAGUUGAUGUAAUGCGAACUCCCUCGCCUCUCAGGCCUGAGGCCAGAGUGUCAGGUAAACAAAUUCAAGGAACCCCGGUUAAUGCAGUCGCAAAGAAGGAUCUUAGUUUUGGGUUGAAGCAAGACACUGAAGAAGCACACGUAGAUAAAGAUAGGACUAAAAGCACUGAUGUGUCAAAGAAAAAGAGUGAAACUCUUACGAAAAUUAAUUCACGAAAACGGACUUCAUCAAGUAUGUCACAAAGUGAUUCUAACUAUCAGCAAAGUCCACGAAUGAGUACUAACAAAACCAAACGAAUCAAAAUUAAGAAGAAAAACAGUUCUGGUAUUGUUUCAGGCAUUGAUCAAAGUGAUGACAGCAAUUUAGGCUUUGAAACACCGAACUCCUCAAAGUUGACUGCUCCCACUGAAAACCCUCUCGUAGUGAAGAUAAAUAUUUCCCUGCUGUUAAGGAUUCCCAGUGCUAAACAAGAAGACAUUAAGACUGAAGUAGAUUCAAUAGUUAAAGAAGAAAUUAUGAGUGAAACCCCCACUGAAGUUAACCAACUAACAGAAAAAGUACGCAAACCGUUACCCAAUAUGAGGAUCCCAAAGAUAGUGAAACCCCAAGAGGAUGAACAAGCUCACAAAGUCGGCAGAGGAUGUGUCGAUGGACAUCCCGAUAAUAUGGAUACUGACACUAGUUCAAACUGUUCCUCAUCUUGUAAACAAGCCAAAGACGUUGGAAAGGACAAGAAAGCAAAAAGGAUUUUGGAAGGGCGAGGGGUCAAAAGGAAAGAAUGGGAGAGAUGUUCUAAAAACACAUAUCCUAAUGUGUGUGGUAUGUGCGGAGCAUUACAAAAAGACUCUGGAAGGGAUCCAAUUCGACUUGGCGCUAUUCAGGACGCAAGUGAACGGGCCCCAAAAUAUAUCGACGCAGUUUUACAGUAUAUCCAGUAUCUCGUUGGCAUGGAGAUAACUGGUAAAAUGGGAACAAAACUUGGUACAGAAGAAUACAUGUGUAUAACGUCACAGUGUAUAGAUUUAGUCGAAUAUGUCGUUAAUCAAUAUGGAAAGAAAGAAAACAAUAACCUUUCGAAAUAUGAUGCUCGAUUUAUAUAUCUAUGUUUGCGAUUGCAGAGUAUUUUAUAUUUCAAGUUAUAUGCAAUAAAAAAGGAUUCUGCAGCACGUUAUUCAAAGCUGCUUUCAGAGUAUUUUAAAGUUCAUCGGUCGCCACAAAGAGUAAAUAUAAAAGGGAGCACCGGGACACCCUCACCGAUGUCACCAACGUCUUCUCAUACGGGCAGCGUUGCAUCUUUCGGCAGUGCUAACAGUUCAAUAAGCAAUGGAAGUUAUGAGAAAAUGCUGACUAUGGGGCAGAUGGUGCCCAUUCAGACUGAAAUGUUCGAGCGAAUGCAACAGUAUUUUACGUAUACAAAAUAUCUUCUUCACGGACAUCGGAUUUGGGACGAUGCAGAUUCUUUAGUGACUCAGUGUCAAGAAUUUAUAAACAGCGUGUCACGCCGAGUUGGUGCGAUAAACAUUCAAAGCUCGAUGUUACAUUUAGUGGAUUACAUAAGCACCGGACUUGACGUCAUAAAAGACAGUGAGAAUUGA